AUGCUUCGUCAAAAAGUCGCAGGCGUUACAAAACAAGGCCAGGGAACUCAGCCAACCGUGAAGGACUGGAAUGAGCUAUUGCGUGACAAAUGUCACGCAGACAGUAUCUGGACAAUUAUGGCGGCGCAGAACGCGGCAGAAGGCGCUUUUUGUAGUACUGAAGAAAAGGUGAUCGCAUCCAUGUUCAGUGGGAUAUGGAAGAGCCGUUGCUUGAGUGUUUUGGUGUCCCUAGGUAUCCCGGAGCUGUUAUGUGAAUCUUCCGAAUCCGUCAGCAUUCAGGAGAUCGCUAAAAGGACUGGAUGUCGCACGGGCGAACAGAUCUACAAAAUCAUGAGAACCAUGGCUCAGUGGGGCAUUGGAGAGGAAAUUAGCGGCGAGAGGUCUUUUAAGGCUAAUAAGGCCAUGGAGUUGCUAAGGAGAGACAAAGGGCCGAGUCUCGGACACAUGGCUGCGUAUUAUGGUAGCGAUGAAGUGUGGAGCAGUAUGUUGGUUUUUCCUGAUGCGGUCAAAAAUGGUGUUACAGCGUUUGAGCUUGCUCAUGGCAUGAACAUCUACGACUACAUGUACAAAGUUGACACCCUGGAGUAUGUACCUGGAAAAGCGACAACGAAUAAUCUCGUACGAGAUCUGGGUUCGCAGCAAAGAAGGUGCGAAUUCGCACAUAAUUAUGACCGCGCUAUGAAUAUGUUAUCUCAGUUGGAGCUGCUCAGUUCGCAGCCAAGCGUUUUCACCGUGUACCCCUGGGGCAAGUGCAAACGGAUCAUGGACAUUGGGGGAGGGGAGGGUCAGUUUUUGUCGCGCAUACUUAAAUUACCUGGAUGUGAGCACGUCAACGGGGUUCUUUUUGAUUUCCCGGAUGUUAUUGAACGUGCUAAAAAGUUCUUAGCAAAAGAGGGGAUUCCGGAUAAUCGAAUAACAUUUACUAUGGGAAAUAUCCUGAAAGAUGUGCCGCAAUCAACAGAAGUGGAUACAAUCAUUGUCAAAAACUUGUUUGUAAUUUUUAGCGAUGAUGAAAUGAUCAAAGUCUUGGAAAACUGUCAUGAAGUCCUGAUAAAAGGUGGAAAGUUUAUAAUUGUGAAUAGUUGUAAUCCCGAAGCUGGAGACACAGACCACAAUGUAAAUUCAUCAGGCAUGCAUCCUGGCUUUCGUGGUAUUCACAUUAUGACUCUGUGUAAGACAGGAAGAUUCAGAACCAAGAGUGAGUGGUUACUGUUGAUUAACAGAUUGUGUUGUAAAGUGGCUUUUAAGUUAAAUCAAGUAUUUGACACUGGUGAUGGCCCUACAUUAUUUGAGUUGCUUAAAUGUGACUAA